AUGAUGAUGAAGGAGUCGGCUUCGUUUCUUCCGAGCCUACCUCCUCGCACCUACGGGGCUCCACCAUCCAUCAUGUCUGCAGGGUCUGCUCGCUCAAAAACCUUGUCUGCAAGAUCCAGCUCAAAGCCUUUGUCUGGAGGCCUCCUGGGGCAUCUUUCCUCCAAGAUGGACGAAGCCUCCAUGGCACUCAAGGACGUGCCGCAGAGACUGCUGGAUGUGCUGGUUGAUGCAACCUUCGAAUUCACUGGUCAACCUCUGUUUCCCUCCGAGAGCAAUUUCGCACCGGUCGACGAAAUCGGUGAAGCCAUAGAGAUACACCAGAUUGAAGGAGCGAUACCAGAUGAUUUCCCCGAGGGGGUGUACAUCAGAAUUGGUUCCAAUCCACUCUUUGGUGCCCAACAUUCGACGACCUCAAUCUUCGGACAAUCCAGGGAGAUAUGGGUUGAGGGUGAGGGCAUGCUCCAUGCCCUCUACGUCACCAAAAGCACUUCAGGCUCUUCUUGGUCACUCUCCUAUGCCAACCGCUACGUGCAAUCCGAGACGUUCAAGCUUGAAACAGCCCGGCAGAAACCUUGCUUCCUCCCUGCCACUGAGGGCGACUCUGCAGCCAUCAUCGCCGCCUUCAUGUUCAACUAUCUGAGGUUUGGCAAGGUGAACAAGGACAUCAUCAACACCAAUGUGUUUGAGCAUGCCGGCAGGGUGUUCGCUGUCGCUGAGAACUCUCUACCUCACGAGAUCUUCAUAGAUAGCCUCGACACUGGCGAUACCUGGGACAUUGGUGGGGAAUGGGAUCGGCCCACUUUCACGGCACAUCCAAAGGUAGCUCCUGGAUCAGGCGAUCUUGUCAUCUAUGGAAUAAAUGCAAAGAAGCCAUUCCUAGUAAUUGGAGUUGUCUCAGCUGAUGGAACCAAACUAAAGCAUAGAGUUGAUCUCAAGCUGGACAGAUGUAUAUUUUGUCAUGAAAUAGGAGUUACUCCAAAGUACAAUGUAAUCAUGGAUGUACCACUUACUUUCGACAUCAGUAGACUUAUCAAAGGUGGCCAGUUGUUGCAGUUUGAGAAGGAAAGUUAUGCGAGAAUUGGGGUUAUGCCCCGUUAUGGCAAUGCAGAUUCAGUUAUCUGGUUUAAUGUUGAACCAUUCUGCAUGUUCCAUCUAAUCAACUGUUUUGAAGAGGGUGAUGAGGUUGUGGUACAAGGUCUCCGUUCACCAGACUCUAUAAUACCAGGUCCAAGACUUGCCCUGAACAAGUAUGGAUUGUCUGAGCUUACAGAAGAUGACAAGCCCAUGAAACAAGAAAUUAACGAGGAAUUUUUCUUUCGGUUAUACCAAUGGAGAUUAAACUUGAAAACAAACUGUGUCUCAGGGGAAUAUUUAACUGGAACAGAGUUUUCAAUCGAAUUCCCAACGAUCAAUGACCAGUACACAGGCUUGCAACAUAGUUAUGCCUAUGCACAAGUUGUGGACUCUGUAACAAUCUCUUGUGGCAAAUGUGUGAAAGUCAAUCCGAAGUAUAGAGGUUUUGCAAAAUUCUUCCUUGAUAAGAGAAACAACACAGAGAUAUCUGGGGCAAAUCUCAUAAAAACGCAGUAUCACUGGCUUAGUAAAGAUGAGUUCUGCUCUGGAGCAACAUUUGUACCGCGAGUUGGUGGGUCACAUGAAGAUGAUGGGUGGAUUAUUUCAUUUGUACAUGAUGAGAAAACUAACACAUCACAGGUGCAUAUAAUUGAUGCUCAAAGAUUUGAAGAUGCUCCUGUUGCAAAAAUAGCAUUACCACGAAGAGUACCGUAUGGCUUCCAUGGAACUUUCAUCACAAACUGA